UCUUGUCAGCCAUCAUGUCCGGGGCCAAUAUCUCCAGCCUGAACCCAGAAUUCUUUAUCUUGAAUGGUGUUCCUGGGCUGGAAGCUGCACACAUCUGGAUCUCCCUGCCAUUCUCCUUCACGUACAUCAUUGUUAUUGUGGGGAACUGUGGGCUCAUCUACCUUAUCAGCCAGGAGGAGGCCCUGCACCGGCCCAUGUACUACUUUCUGGCCCUGCUCUCCUUCACAGAUGUCACCCUGUGCACCACCACUGUACCCAAUAUGCUGUGCAUAUUCUGGUUCAGCCUCAAGGAGAUUGACUUCAAUGCCUGCCUGGCUCAGAUGUUUUUUGUCCACAUGUUGACUGGGAUGGAGUCAGGGGUGCUCAUGCUCAUGGUCCUGGACCGCUACGUGGCCAUCUGCUACCCCUUACGCUAUGCCACCAUCCUCACCAGCCCUGUCAUUGCCAAAGCUGGUCUUGCCACUUUCCUGAGGGGUGCGAUACUCAUCAUCCCAUUCACGUUCCUUACCAAGCGUCUGCCCUACUGUCGAGGCAACCUCAUUCCCCACACCUACUGUGACCACAUGUCUGUGGCCAAAGUGUCCUGUGGCAAUUUCAAGGUCAAUGCUAUCUAUGGUCUCUUGGCAGCCCUCCUGAUUGGAGGCUUUGAUAUCUUUUGUAUUUCUGUGUCUUAUACUAUGAUCCUGCGGGCAGUGGUGAGCCUGUCAUCUGCAGAUGCUCGUCACAAAGCCUUCAGCACCUGUACUUCUCACAUAUGUGCUAUUGUUAUCACGUAUGUUCCAGCCUUAUUCACCAUUUUUACUCACCGUUUUAGGGAAAAAAACAUUCCCGACCAUGUCCAUAUCAUUAUUGCUAACCUCUAUUUGAUGUUACCUCCUACCCUGAAUCCAAUUGUUUAUGGAGUCAAGACUAAGCAGAUCUGGGAAGGAGUCAUCAAGUUAUUUUUUAAAGAAAAAGAUGUCUUUGCUAUGAAACAGAUUAAUGCAUUAAUAUUUAAAAGCAAGGAAAACCAAGGAAUGUUUUAG